UCCUGAAGAAGAUCGCACAGGUGAAAGAAAACGACUUGUAAGACAGCACCGAGAAGCAUUGGGGGGAAAUUAUCUUUUUGAUGGUAUGCAACUUUACCUUCCUCAUAAAUUAGGAUCUGAGGUUACAGAACUCUCAUCUAAAAGAGAAAGUGAUGGUUCAGCUUAUCAGAUCAAAAUCAAGUUUAUCAAAGAAUUGUCUACAAUGGAUUCACAAGGGCUGCAAAUUAUGAAUAUCAAAUUAAGACAAUGGCUUGAACAUCUCGGCUUACAACUCAUAGGACGGAACCAUUUCAACCCCAAAGCUGCAGCAAGAGACGAAAGAUACAAGUAA